UCAACACCUCUUUUUCUUCUGCACCAAUACGCGUCGCAUUCACUACACCACCAAUACCACUAACACCAACACCACGACCGAAUCUAACCUUGUCGCACACCUACUGCAACGUCAACGACAGAACAACUUAUCCGUAGGUCACUGGAACAGGUGCACGAUAUGCAGACUAUCGAUGAGAUCGAUGAGAGGAUGAACGAGGAGGGGAGCGGUAGCAGUGCUGGAGUCACUAUCAUGAAAAGGGCGAGGACGACGACGGAUAGGCCUAUUCGACCACUUCCUACAUCCAGGACGAAGAAAAUUGCUGGAACGACACCGCUCAAAGCAGCCGCAGUGCCCUUCGUGCCCAACCCUAACCCGCUGAUGCUCCCUGUGCAGGCACAUGUGCCUAAGGGUGCAGCAGCAGCGUCUCAACGACGUCUUUUUGUCGUGCUGGAACAGGCCUGCUUGGAAGCUUACCGUAUCUCGAGUGGGAGUGCGAAGGGCGGCAGGCAUGGUAAGGGAGGCGAGGGCGACGUCAAGUAUACCUUGCUCAACUGCGACGACCACCAGGGUAUCCUCGCCAAGACAGGAAGAGACAUUGCAGAUGCUAGGCCCGAUAUUACUCACCAGUGUCUGUUGACUCUCCUGGAUUCGCCCUUAAACAAAGCUGGCCUUCUUCAAGUGUACAUCCAUACAGCGAAAGGCGUGCUCAUCGAAGUCAAUCCGCAUGUCAGAAUACCGAGGACGUUCAAGCGAUUUAGCGGGCUGAUGGUCCAACUACUCCACAAACUGUUUAUUCGUGGUGUCAAUGGUCCAGAGAAGCUAUUAAAAGUCAUCAAAAAUCCCGUCGUCGACCACUUCCCACCCAACACGAUUAAACUGACGCUGUCGGGUGACGCCAAAACCCAGCGCCUUUCACAAUACCUACCCACACUACCUCAGACUCAUAACAUUGCUGUUUUCGUGGGAGCCAUGGCUCGUGGAAGGGAUGAUUUUGCGGAUGCCUACGUCGACGAAAAAAUAGGUAUCAGCGAGUACCCACUGAGUGCUAGUGUUGCUUGCGGCAAG